AUGGCUGAGAAGCAGGUGUCCCUGGACACGGCCCUGGGGAUGAGAAUACGAAAGGCUCCAAGCAUUGAUAGCAACAAGAAGCGGUCCUGGGAGAUGUCUCUAGAAGCUGCUAAAAACAAGAAGAAUGUGUCUGGAAGGCCGCAAGGUAUAUGUGAUGGCGCCUGCAGUAAGGACAAUUUCCAUUGCAGUGAACCCUGCCCUCCGAACAUCCAAGGAAAUAUGGGUUUUGUGUGCAGAAGAAACAAAUGGCACAAAGUCACGGAUACCUGCCGAACCCUUGACAUCUCUAACAUUUUUGAGGUUAACUUAUUUUCAACUCAAUUCAUUAAAGAUAGUGUGAAAAUUACCCACUAUAAUAGAAAUCCCAUGACCAUUACAGAGACAUUACUGCAAACAUGUCCGCAGAAUUUGUCUUGUGUAAUUAAACCCAUUAAAGAGUCUCCUCAGUUACCGGGAAACAUUGCUAUACUUGUGCAACUCUUACACAACAUAUCGACAGAGAUUAAGGCAGAUGUUGAUGAGGCAAAAAUGAAGGGUUACAGCACUAUUGCCAACCACAUUCUGGACAGCAAAAGCAUCUCAAACUGGACUUUCAUCCCUGAGAAAAACAGCAGCGGUGUCCUGCUCCAGUCCGUCAAUUCCUUUGCAAGAAAGCUAUCGAUCACUAAACACCCCAUUGACAUCCCGAAUGCUUUCAUCCACAUCAAGGGUACCACCCUCGCCACAGACAACGCUGGGAGGAAUUUGACUUUUUCCAUGCGAGUGAAUGACAUCGGCCGGGAUGUCAGGGGGAAGGUGCUCAUCUCCCCCAGGGCUGACCUUCGGAACGCGCCUUCCUCUCCCUCAGUCGUCAGCAUCGCCUUCCCCACCCUGGGGGCCAUCCUGGAAGCCAGCCUGUUGGAAACCACGACCGUGAACGGCCUUGUCCUGUCCGUCAUCCUCCCCCAGAAUCGUUCACACAUCUCUCUGACGUUUGAAAAGAUCCGCCAGUCAGAAGAGAAGGGGGCACGUUGUGUCGGCUGGCACUCCUCAGAGAGCAGAUGGGAUCAGAAAGUCUGUCAAAUGAUUCAAGAAAACUCUCAACAAGCUGUUUGCAAAUGUGAGCCAAACAGGUUCUUUACCUCUUUCUCAAUACUUGUGUCACCCCACGCCGUGAAGAGCCUGGCCCUGACUUACAUCACGUACGUAGGCCUGGGCAUUUCAAUCUGCAGCUUGAUCCUUUGCUUAAGCAUCGAGGCCUUGGUGUGGAGCCAAGUGACGAAGACCGAGAUCUCGUAUUUGCGCCAUCUGUGCAUUGUAAAUGUCGCGGCCACCCUGCUGCUGGCUGAUGUGUGGUUCAUCGUGGGCUCCUUUCUUGGUGGCCCGAUGGCACGGCAUAAUGGAUGUGUGGCAGCAACCUUUUUUGUUCAUUUCUUUUACCUUGCUGUGUUUUUCUGGAUGCUCGCCAAAGCACUACUUAUCCUCUAUGGAAUCCUGAUUGUGUUCCACACCCUACCCAAGUCCGCCCUGGUGGCAUCUCUCUUUCUCGUGGGCUAUGGGGGGCCUUUGGUCAUUGCUGGUAUCACAGUUGCUGUCACUGAGCCUGGCCAAGGUUAUUUGCGUCCCCAGGUGUGCUGGCUUAACUGGGACAAAACCAAGGCCCUCCUGGCCUUUGUGGUCCCAGCCCUGACCAUUGUGGUGGUGAACUUGAUCACGGUUGCCCUGGUGAUUGUUAAGACCCAGCGAGCCUCCGCUGGCAGUUCCAUGUUCCAGGAAGUGAGAGCCAUUGUGAGGAUCUGUAAGAACAUUGCCAUCCUCACACCACUGCUGGGCCUGACCUGGGGAUUUGGAAUUGCCGUGGUCAUCGAUGAUAGCUCCCUGGUCUUCCACAUUAUCUUCUCCUUACUCAACGCUUUCCAGGGCUUCUUCAUCUUGGUGUUUGGAACCAUCCUGGAUCCGAGGAUCAGAGAAGCCCUCAAGUGUCGAGUGACCUCUGCAAAAUGGAUCUCCAGAUUUUCAGAGAACAUGUCUUCUGAAUUAGCUUGUCACCCCACCAAAGGUCCCAGCUAACACAGCAGACUCCACUCUACCUUGGGAGGU